AUCACUUCCCCUCGGCAUUUUUUGUGAAUGGAGCUCAUUAUGCAUGCAGCCUCCACGCAGCUCCAUUCACAAGCUGCGCUCCCUCCUCUGCCGUGCACGGCUGCGUGGAUCUCACUCAGCUCAGCCUCAAUGACCACAAACGGUUAACGGAUGGAUUAUAAGAUGGAUGGAUAUUUGGACCAGCAAGUGCCUUACACUUUAGCAAAUAAGUCGCAGGGAAAUGGGCCCCUGAAUAGACUGUUGAUGGCAGCGAAGAGGAAAUACAUGGACACAGAAUUACCCCCUCAGGAAUCUGAAGACCUCUUCCAGGAUUUAAGCCAACUCCAGGAGACAUGGCUCACAGAAGCUCAGGUUCCGGACAGUGACGAGCAGUUUGUUCCUGAUUUCCAUUCUGAGAACUCGGUGGCAUUUCACAGCCCUCCGGUCACUAUCAAGAAGGAGCCGCAGAGCCCGGGCUCCGACCCCAGCCAGUCCUGUAGCCACAAGCAGAGCUUCAGCUACCCCAAUGGAGAGCAGUGCCUUUAUGCCAGUGCCUAUGAGCAGAAGAGGGCCGCAGCCGGAGCCAAGAGCUCCUGCCCGGGGACCCCCAUGUCCCCCAUGCAGCAGCAUUACUCCCCGAAACCUGCCACAGCCGGACGGCCCGACGCUGGCUACAUGAACCCGGCUGCCGCCUCGCAGCCGCUGCCCAGCAACAGUUACCCCAUCAACACCAGUUCCAGGUUUCAGGGCCCCUCAGGAGACCCCAUGUGCCCCCAGUUCCCCCAACCAGGACAGGCCUUUCAGCGCAUGAGCUCUGCACCAUCAGGACAUGGCGGCAGUGGAGCUGGUGGAGGUGGGGGUGGAGGGCCGGGUGGCGGAGGCGGUGGCGGGGGUUACCACCGGCAGCACUCCGACCCCUGCAUGCCCUACCUGCAGCAGAGCUUUAAGCAAGAGUACGUGGACCCGCUGUACGAGCGAGCGGCUCACAUGGCCGGGCACGGCCACGGAUCUCACCCCCACCCCCACCCACAUCCACAUCCACACAGGUUCCCACCCGCCCACAUGAUCGUCAAGCAGGAGCCCACAGACUACACCUACGAGCCUGAUGUGCCUGGAUGUCCCUCCAUGUACCACCACAACGAGGGCUACCCAAACCCCCAGCACAGCAAUGAAGGCUACCUGUUCGAAAAUGACUCCCGUGUGGUUCCAGAGAAGUUCGAAGGUGAAGUGAAGCAGGAGGGCGGCGGUGUUUUCCGUGAGGGCACGCCUUACCAGCGCCGCGGCUCUUUGCAGCUCUGGCAGUUCCUGGUGGCCCUGCUGGACGACCCGGGCAAUGCCCACUUCAUCGCCUGGACCGGCCGCGGCAUGGAGUUCAAACUCAUUGAACCCGAAGAGGUCGCCCGGCUGUGGGGCAUGCAGAAGAACCGUCCGGCCAUGAACUACGACAAGCUCAGUCGCUCUCUGCGCUACUACUACGAGAAGGGAAUCAUGCAGAAGGUGGCGGGGGAGCGCUAUGUUUACAAGUUUGUGUGCGAGCCCGAGGCCCUCAUCUCUCUGGCCUUCCCCGACAAUCAGCGGCCCAGCCUGAAGGCCGAGUUCGAGCGCUACGUCAACGAGGAGGACACGGUGCCGCUGUCCCACCUGGACGAGGCGGUGCCCUACACCCCCGAUCAACCCCCCCAAAACAUGGGCGCCCAGCCCUACUCCAAAGGCUACAUGUACUAAAGCCAGCCACCUCUCCUUUGUCCCCCCCGCCUUCAGAAAUCUUCCUGUUGUACCGACCCAUCAUCAUACACGACCCCGAAACCCCCAUGCACCUCUUGCACAUGCCCACCCCAUCCACUUGUAUAUAAGGCUAUGGUGUUUUUGUUUUAAAUUAAUCUCAUUAGGGAUUUUUUUGUUUUGUUUUUGUUUUUAAAGAGCUGCAUUCCUCUCACAUCUGAGGCCUAUUCAAUCCAUAAACAUGACUGUGGUCGAAGAGAUUGCUUAAUAAAUACCCAUGAUAAUA